AAAUACGAUGGCGAUGCCAAACACAGAUCAGAUUAAAGAGGAGUUGGAGUUGUUCGAUAUAGGCUAUGAAGAUGAAUUGGUCCUAGACAAAAUGCUGGAGCAGUGUCUGUGCCACAGGAUGAAGGGGGACGAGAUAGUAUUGGAGUGGGUCGCCUUCAGCACCACCAAGGGAGGCCGGAAGCUGAGUCUGGACCACCUGGAGCAGUUUCAGCAUGAGGUUUUGAAUAAGAAGAACAAAUCCAAGCAGACCGCUAAGAAAGACGACUCCUAUAACAGGACCCGGGACAUCAACUCUAUUCAGGAUCUAAUCAAAGCUGAGGAAGAGGAGGAAAAUCUGCUAGACUCCUACUCCACUCCGGCCAAGGGUUCCCAGAAGCGAGCUCUUACUACACCAGAGCACCCCCAGUCCAAGAGAUGUGCUCGCAUGACCAGCCCUGGGCUCAUACUUUCACCUGCCAGUUUCUCCCCAUGUGCCACCCCUUCACAGAAGUACAGUGUGCGCAGCACCCGUGGGGAGGUGGUGUCCACUUUCGGGGAGGCACAGGACAAGCUCUGGAGUGCCCAGAAGGGUCAAAGGUCGGUGAGCGUCAUGCCGCUCCUGAGCGGAGAGGAUGCGCUGACCUCUAGCUACAAGUACAUGUUCCAGCGGCUCAGGGACAUCCGUGAUGUACUGACUGAGAAGAUUGAAGGCUUGGGUGAAGAACUAAAGCUCCACUUUAAUAUUGAGGAGAUCUCCCCUGUGUCCUUGCCUGCACAGGAUAAGAUGACAGUGUUGGGUCAGGUGUGUUGCGACAGCAACGGGAAGCUGAACGCCCAGUCUGUGCUCCUGGAGGCGGGGCAAGAGCAUGGUGGGAGGCAGGUGCGGCUGGACCUGUCUGAUCUCAGGGAGUACUCCCUCUUCCCCGGGCAGGUUGUCAUCAUGGAGGGAAUGAACACCGAUGGCCUCAAGUUUAUGCCAUCAAAGUUGUAUGAGGGUGUUCCUCUGCCUUUCUAUUCCCCUGAGGUGAAAGAAGAAUCUGAGGAGGAGUCUAAGCCGGUAAUGGUCUUGACUGCCUGUGGCCCCUUCACUCCUUCUGAUAGCUUGGCUUAUGACCCUCUGAUUGACCUGCUGACUGUGAUUAACAGAGACCGCCCUGACGUCUGCAUCCUGUUGGGUCCUUUUGUUGAUUCAAAACACGAACAGAUUGAGAAAUGUCAAGUGACUGAAACCUUUGAGAGUAUAUUUGCAAGAUGUGUGAACAGUCUUGUGGAAGGAACAAGAGGAAUUGGAUGCAAGUUGGUGUUCGUUCCAUCACAGCGAGACGUUCACCAUAAUUGUAUUUACCCACAACCCCCUUUCACACUGCCUGACCUCAGUAAGGAGGACGUAGAGAGAGUGAGCCUGGUAUCCGACCCCUGCACUCUGGUCAUUGAGGGCGUGACCUUUGGCCUGACCUCUACAGAUAUUCUGUUUCACAUGGGAGCAGAGGAGAUCAACAGUGCUGCUGGCUCCGACCGGUUCUCCCGAAUCAUGAAACACAUGUUGACCCAGAGGAGCUACUACCCCUACCCUCCCACAGAGGAGAUCAACAUGGACUAUGAGAAGUUUCAGCUGUACGGUCACAUGCCCGUGACCCCUGACAUCCUGGUCGUCCCCUCAGAGCUGCGUUACUUCAUCAAGGAUGUGAUUGGUUGUUUGUGCAUCAAUCCUGGGCGUCUCACUAAAGGACAAGUUGGUGGCACGUUUGGCAGGUUGGUCGUCCAGAGAAGAGGCCCAGACGCAGAGGGGAAGAGAAGAAGUCCCUGCUUAACUGGACAAGUAGUGAAAAUAUGAAACUGAAAGGUGUCAAUAAAGACUGUACAUUUGUAAUGUUGUUGGAAAUGUAACCUAAGUAUUUUUUCUAAUCUAUAAACUUGAAAAUACU